AUGACAACGAUGUUCGUCCAACUGUACCGCGUGGUGUACCUGUUGGUACUUCUGCAGUGCUGUGUGUGUGUGGCAUAUGCGGAUAAUGGUGCGGCGUCCCAAGAUUUUGAGGAAAAGAAUAUUUUACAGAAAUUGAAUGAAUUGAAAGCUAAGAUGGAGAAGGAGAACAAUGAUGUGAAGAUUAUCCUUGCGUCAGUAAACACCGUACAGGAAGAAUGGAGAGAAGCGUCAAACCGUGCAAAGAAUGCAGCAAAUAAGGCCAAUGAACUUGGACAGCUUGUUUCGGAUGUUACAAGCCGUGCUUUGCGUCUAUCUGAAAAUGUGAAUGAGAUAAAGAGUGAAUUGAAAGAGGCGGUAAAGAAGGCAGUAAGUGCAGAAAGAGAGAUCACUGAUGCCGCUGCCAACGCAAAUUUGAUA